UUUUCCAUGUCAAUCAGUUUGAGUUUGAGUCUAAUAAGUAAGCAAAUAUAUCAUGUAAUAUAUCCGUCAUUUGUAUGAAAUGCCACCAAAGCAUACAUUUCUUCUUAAAAACUGUUCUCUUCUUCACUACCAUGGUUCUCACCAUGCAGCUGCUGGUCACUUUCUCCAUUGUUGCCAUCUUCACCUUUGUCCAUGAGGCCAAGUACUUUGUGCGACGUCAUCCAUGGACAUACUAUGUGUCCUAUGCAGUCUUCUUCAUAGUCCUAAUUGUCCUCAGCUGCUGUGGAGACUUUUGCCGCAAGCACCUCUGGAACUUGGUUGCACUGUCCAUCCUGACCCUGUGCCUCUCCUACAUGGUGGGCAUGAUUGCCAGUUUCUAUAACACAGAGACUGUCAUAGCUGUGGGUAUCACUGCAGUGGUCUGCUUCACUGUCGUCCUGUUCUCACUGCAGAGCAAGUAUGACUUCACUUCCUGUUGGGGCAUGCUCUUUGUGUGCUUGAUUGUGCUGUUGCUCUUCUCCAUCCUCUGCAUCUUCAUCCGCCACAAGAUCCUACACAUCGUCUAUGCCUCACUGGGGGCCCUGCUCUUCACCUGCUUUUUGGCGGUUGACACUCAGCUCCUCCUGGGCAACAAGAAGCUGUCCCUGAGUCCAGAGGAGUACAUUUUUGCUGCCCUGAACCUCUAAACCGACAUCAUCAACAUCUUCCUCUACAUCCUAGCUAUUGUGGGACGUUCCCGUGAAUGAGGCUGCACCUUGGAGAGAACAGCAGGGAGAUAGAGAAUGCCUCCCUUUAUCAUGAAAUGUUGCUAACAUGCCCUCUUCUCUGUACUGUUUAGUAUUGAUGUAAACCAGCUUUGUCUGAUAAAAAAAAACAAAAAAACAUUUGUGCUAGAAAUACCCUUCUUUAAUCUGUCCUUUUUCAAACUGCUGGUGUAAAAUAACUCUGCAUGGCAACAUUGGAAAACUAACAAUGUAUUAUGAUUGUUUGGAACACAAGUGGAAUACUCUGUCUUGCUUGUCAC